GAACUGCACGUCUUCACGGCUCUGAGCUCGAAGCCUCGACUUCGCCCACUGGCGACGUUGUCAACCACCCGCCCGCCUGCCAUUGCCGCCGGUUGUUGCGACCACUGCUGCUCGCGUCGACUUUUGAGGACCCGCUGCCAUUAGCUCAGAGGCGCUCAAGGCGACCCGCUGAUGGUCGUGCGACGCACGCUCGCACGCCAUGAUCCAUUUCGUCGCCCGUCUGUUUCGCUCGUCGCGUUCGUCGUGGCGACGAUACUGUGCGACUGGCCGUGCGAUUCAUUCUACAAGACCGCAUUUACGGUCGUGAGAGCUCUGGAAGGGGAGGUGGGAAUGGAGCACGCCAUGUCGCUGUAUCGGGCCUGGGCGACUCCUACGGGCUCUCCCCCGACUCGCUGCUUCCCCCCUCCCCUCUCUCCCUUCCGCCCUCUCUCCCCCCCGCCCCUCAUCUGGAGGACUGCGCCGCGCUCACAGCCCUGCGCCACCAGGCGGAGCAGCGGGGGGAAGGGGGGAAGCCGCCAACAUGGGUGGAUCCCCCGCGGAACAGGCAGGGGGGAUGCUCUAAUCCCUGGGGGAAAUGGGAUGCUCCUUCCUCCCCUCUAGACCCCCCCUCCCUCCUCCUCCUCCUCCUCCUCCUCCUCCUCCUCCUCCUCCUCCUCCUCCUGCAACUGCCCUCCGCAACCGCCGUGGGUGAGCAAGUGCGAGGCGCGGACAGCAGCAACCUGGCCUUGACACGGCAGGCGCAGCGCGACAUCUGGCUGCACCAGCUGCUGCCCGCCCGCUCCUGCAAGGGUCGUCGCCUGCUGCUCGUGCCGUGGAGCACGGGCAUGUACCAUGGGGUGGGGUCGCAGGUGCAUCUGAUGGGCGCGUUCCUGAGCCUGGCCAUGCUGCACAACCGCACUCUCAUCCCCCUCGCCAACUCCUUUGACCGCGCCAACCACGCCCAUUGCCAAGCCACGGGGCAGCAGGGCAGCUGGGAGUGUUUCUUCUUCCCCAUCGUCUCCCCUGACUGUGAGGGAGAGCUCAACCGCCUGAGAGCAGAGGAUGCCAUCGGGGAGUGCGUGACGGGGGAGGAGCUGGGGUACGACAGAGCGGCGCAGUCGGAGCAGCAGGCGGUGUGCCUGGACCCCACCACGGAUGUGUUUAUGAACUAUGAGGGGCGAGCUGCGUACCUCUGGGGCGAUGCCUACCUGGCUGACCCCGAUGUGGUGGAGCAUGGGGGGCACGUGGCGGCCAGCAGCGCGGAAACCAAGAUGGCGGGUGCAGGUGGUGCCCCUCCCCCCGGACCCCUCAGGUCCACUGGUGGCGGGCGCAGGGGGUGCGUUCGAAUGAAGUCUAUUAUACCGCUUUUGCCUUACCCCCAGGUGCACUGGUGGCGGGCGCAGGCGGUGCGCUUCAUGCUGAGGUGGCCAUCAGCCCAUCUCUGCCAUGUCAUCAACCGACAGAGGCACACCGCCUACGGCAUGCACGCAGCCAAUCGCAUCGCCUCCCUCCACUCCCCCACUCACCCCUCCCCCUCUCACAUCUCCUCUCUCCAUGCCUUCGCACACGCCCUCCAACACUAUGAGUCUCGCGAUACUCAUGCUUCAGCUGCUGCUGCCGCUGCCGCCGCCGCUGCUGCUGCUGCUACUGCCACUCCUGGCAGAAAUACUCCCAUGGAACCGACACCUACUGCCAGUGUUCCUUGGGUUCCUGUGUCUACCACUGCCAUACCUACGGAUCUGGCCCGGGAGCCGUACCUGCAGCGGCCGAUGAUGAGCAUGCACGUGCGGCAGAGCGACAAGCUGUCUGAGAUGAAGGUGCUGUCACUGGCGGCACACAUGUUCGUUGCGUACCGCCUGCGCCGGGCGGAGGUGGACCUCAGAUAUGUGUGGCUCAACACAGAGGCUCAGUCCGUGAUCAACGAGACAGCCCACUACCCCGACUGGCACUUCCUCUUCUCCUCCAACUCGCGUCAGCCGUCCGACUCGGAGCGCAACAGAGAGUACGAUGCGUCGCAAUCGGUGGCCGCCAGCCUGGCCAGCGCCAUCAUCGCCUCGCAGUGCGACUACUUCAUCGGGUCGCUGGGGUCCAACUGGAGCCGCCUCAUCAACGAGCUGCGGGCCACCGGAGGGAGACUGUUUGCGGGGUUUGUGGCGAUGAACAUGGGCGAAUGGUGACAGGGUGUACUAAAAGCAUAUACUAUGUUUAAGGGAAGCAACGGGGUGUUACAUCCGAAAGGCAAGAGUUCUGGUGUCCUAGC